UGCACAUUGCACUGUAAUGGAAAAUAAGUGUGAUAGCAUCAAUCCGCAGAGUCCCUGUUGAGUAUAGAAGGUGUCAGAUAAGAUGAGUUGGAUGAUCACUGGAGUGGUACAAAGUUUAUGGCACAUUAGCUGAAAUAUGCUAAAAGAGAAAAGCAUCAAAUGAAACAUUUUCUGUUCUUUUUCUGUGCUGAUGUCAGGCUGGAGUUUUGUUCCUCUGAAGGAUGGGGAAUAUGAUGCGUGUGACCCCCGGCAACGGGGUUAAGGAUGAAACACUUGACGGAUCUCUGAGAGAUUCAGAUGAUGACGUGCUAGUCGUACUCCAGGACUACCCCUCUGCUGAAAUCAGCGAGCCUAGCUACAGAAUGGGGGAGAAACUCCGACUUCUUGCACGGGAGGGUUAUUGGUUGAGAGUUCGCUCUGUUGGGACGGGGAAGGAGAACUGUAUACCCAGCAGCCAUGUGGCCAGGGUUUACCACGGUUGGCUUUUUGAAGGGGUGGGGAGGCAGAAGGCUGAAGAGCUGCUUCUUCUACCUGGAAACAGAGUGGGAUCGUUUCUGGUGCGGGAAAGCAGCACGGAGAGAGGUAUGUACUCGCUCUCUGUGAAGCAUAUGAUCAUAAAGCAUUAUCGGAUCUUCAGACUGGACAACAGCUGGUACUACAUCUCCCCACGUCUUACUUUCCAGUGCCUCGAGGAUAUGAUCAACCAUUAUUCUGACUCUGCAGAUGGGCUUUGCUGUAUCUUAACAUCUCCCUGUCUGUCGUGCAACGAGCCACCAGAUCCGAGUUCUCAACCUCCACCUGUUGUCAUGCGACGCAACUUUGACUGGAAGAAAGUGGACAGGAAACAGUUGGUCAGCACAGGCAACUGUGAUGACAACAUGGUGAGCUAUGGCGUCCGGAACAGCAUCGCUGCCUACCUGUCCCUUUCUGGUCAUGUCAGCACUGCACAGCAGCAGGAAAGGAAGAAGAAAAGUAAAUCCGUGUACGUGCUCCCUGAAAGCACCAACGCAAACAGUGACUAUGGAAACGACUUCUAGGGACAAUCGCCUGGGUUUUGGGUUCCAUGGCCAGUGGAGGAUAUAAUCCCCCGAGAGUCAUUCUCCAAUAAUCUACUACACGUCUAUAGCAUCCGUGAGGAGCUAACCGGCCUGAUAGCUGUUCAAGUAUGCAGACAAGUCCGUCAGGAGAACUUUGAAAAUUGCAAAUUGCACAAUAACUCGCACUCUGCCAAAGUGUGCCAGGAAUGAUAAACCAGAACUCUGCGGGAUGCUGAACAAUGGAUAAAAAACAAACCUGGCAUUAUAACAGGAAAAAGAUGAGCAAACGUUGUGGAUAUGCUUGAGAGGUACUAUUAUAUAUAUAUAUUAGUAAGAAUAGUGUCAAACUAUUUUCCUUUUAUCAAAAGUUUUCAUCAUUGAUCGUUUACUGGUUGUUAACGUUUUUUACACAUUCGUGCAGAUUCACUU